AACAAAUGAUAUUGUAUUUUGUUUGAAGAAAGAUUAUUGAACGUUAUAUGAUAGAUUGUGAAAACAUACGUAAUUAUAGGCUUUCGAUGAUAAGCAUGAAAAAUAUCUUUGGAAGAGGUUUGUUUAUCGGUUAUUUAUGUAAGAUGUAUUGGUUGCCAGUUCGAUUAGAUAUAAAUUGUCACUUCUGAUAAAGAUUUUUGAAAGAGAUAUUUUUAAUUUAAGAAAUAGUAUUCCAUAAGGUCAAGCAAAAGACUUUUUACGGGUAAUAUUUUGAAAUUAAUUUGCGAUUUAUUAUAAUAGAUUAAUUGUUGAGACAAAACACGAAAAUUCUAAAUAUUUUCCUAUAUAAUAGAUUUUAGUUUUUCUUAAAAGUAGAGAACUUUUUAAUCAAUUCAAAUAAUCUAAAUUCAUUAAUUAGUGAGUAGGUCGAUAAGUUAAAAAACCUACUGAUCGAAUUAGUGAAUGAAACGCCACCUGUGGUCACCAUUUUCAAAUGUUCAAAAUCCCGCGCAACGCCGGAACGUAAUAGGUAUAUCGCCGAUCCCACGCUUUACAUUUACAUGUAUCGACAUCGUGGUUGUGCAUGGUUGUUUGAAAACCGGAGUCGUUUUUCAUUUCCAAGUCCGAAAACAACCAGAAAUAAGCGAAAAAGUGGACCUCAAUGUGUCGUUUGUCGUGAAAAAGAAUGAUGAGGACGUCCGGGAGCGUUCUCGCAAUUUUUGCGAUCAUGACCAUCGCGAAAACAGUGGAAUCUGCAGGCUGGAAAUCCGAAGCCGUUCAUUUUAUGGAACCAGGAGAGCGAGUAGAAAAUGAUAAGCCAGGAUUACGUAUUUUUUGCCAUAAUGCCAACUCCAAGAAUAUCAUACACGUCUGGAAAACAGUUAUCAUGAGUUUGAAAACAAAUUUAGAAACCUAUGAGUUAUAUGAAGGAAGGCAUCCACAUGAAGUAGAAGAAAAGCAUGAGGAUAAUCAGAAAUACUGGAGGUUUAACUUGUUCAGUACUAAAAAGAACAAACAGUUCCGAAUCAAUCCAUUUGAGGAUAGCUGCAUUGGUGUUUACAUGAACCCACAGUUGAACCAAUUUCAGUAUACAAUGGUUAUAACUAAAAAUAAUCUAGAUUCUUGGCAAAUUACAAUGCUGGUACUAGGUAUAUUUUUUGUUUGGUUUGCACAAGCAUUGAGUCGCAAUAAAUUAUUCUAUUAUGUAUGCAGUAUUAUCGUUGGGGUUGCACUUUCAAUCUUGAUUCUAAUAUAUUUUAUGGGAAAACUACUACCGAAGGGCAAGUUUAUGUACUUAAUGAUGGCAACUGGUUAUACUAUGAGUUUUUAUGUGGUACAAAUGCUCUAUGAUAAUGCACAAUUGAUAGCAAUGCAGCAUUGGAAUUAUGUGAUGUAUUAUAUUCUAACUACUUCCCUAAUUAGUUUUGCAAUUUGUUAUCGUUUUGGCCCAGUAACCAAUAAUAGAACAAAAAAUAUUAUCGAAUGGAUUCUUAAAUUAUUUGGAUUAGUAUUGGUGUAUCAUAGUAGUUAUUUUAGAGAAGCAUCAACAGCUUUCUGUGUUUUGCUGGUCUUGUUUUAUAAUUUUCCUGUUGUCUUCUUCCAUAAAAGUUGCAGAUACUGGUCGCGACAACCCCAAGGAAGAUUGAAAAGCAACAGCCACCGAUAACUUUAUUGUACUGCUGCAACGCUAGAGAAGGAGCAAAAGAUUUUCCUCAAGGUCGGCAUGCGAGACAUAUCAGAGUUGCGGCGCCCAAGUGUACCCAUACGCGUGCGCGCGCGCACACACACGCACACACACACACGCACACGGCAUUAAGUAUAGGCCCCAUCAUUGUCGCCUGGCAAUUGCCCUGGCGCCGACCUUGAGGGGUAGUUUGAUGAACAACAAAAAAAACCUACUUGCACGCACACACCGUAAUCAUGUCUACGAUUGACAGAUGAAAAAUCGUUAUUUCACCUUCAGAAAUCACAUCGUAUUAUUUAUUGGUGCAUCAAUUUUUCGCUUAUUAUCACGUCUUUCCCGGAACUAUUGCCCGGUACGCGCAAUCGAGCUGUGUUACGAGAGUUGCGUUGUCACUCGCAGACGCAGAUUUCACAUGCGUGCGCGCGAACGAUCGCGAGCGGACCAAUUGGUCGCCGGGGUAUAUACACAAUUGCGCGUGUGCUUCUGAUUUUUUGUGCCCAUGCGAGCACAAGAAAACGAGGCGAAACGAGGAUGCGUCGUUGGUGGUGCGUAGGCGCUAUCAGCGACGGAACUCGACAACUCGCAGUCGACUUAAUAAUCGACGCGCGUGAUAAAGUUGACCUGCUCACGCGCGAAAAUCCGAUCGAGCGCGAUGCCCGAGCUGCGUUUGCCAAGCCGUACAAUUAGCCCUUGCUCCGGCGCCUUAACUCCUUGAAAAGUUUUUCAAUUACUUGCGGCGCCGCGCGAAUACACCUACCGUGCAACAUCUGUAAUUACGCCGCCGUGCAGCGCGGUUGCGACUGAGAGACGCAGCAACUGCUUUUGAGGGUUGAUUGCCACCUGCGUGUGUGUGUGUGCGAAUUCGCUGGCGCACGCCGAGAUUUUUUAAAUCAAGAUUAAUCAUUAGACUUAGCCAGUGUUAAUUAGCGGAAGUUGUAAAUUUUUUAAAAUUUAUUUUAAGUUUUUCAGGGACCUCUCGCAGAUAUAAUGAUAUCUGGGAUAAUAAUCAUUUAAUAAUAUUUAUAAUCAAUGGAAUGAAAUUCAUGGAAACACUAAUUUUCACUUAUAGAUUUGUAUAAAAAUUAUUAGCGUGCAUAAAUUCGUAAAAUAUUUUAAUUACUUCAGAAUGUCAUUUAAAAUCCAAUAAAAAUCUAAAAGCUUUCAGAUUUAUCGAUAAUUUGAAGAUUAAGUAAACUAAUAGCAAAAUAAAAUUGCAGGUAGUUACUUUAAAAUUACUGCUGUAACAAAAAGGGUUUUAAAGUGCACAGGAUAAACUUCAAUUUUCUGAAUCUCUGAACGAAAAACAUUUGCUGAAAGCCCGUUUUAUUUUUCAUUAGCAACAGGAGUCCAUUGUGGGCGGAGAAAAUUUUUAUAGAGAUUUUAAGACAUCUGAGAUUGAAAGUGAAACGUUUUACCAAGUACUUGUGCCUAACAACUUUUACGCAAUAGAGACCAUUCUGUAUUUUAGCUAUUUAACGCUGUCUUGUCCUUUUAACGCGCAACAAAGUUGUGAAAUUGAUUUUGAAACGAUCCGCAUACAUCGGGUGUGAAAUAUAUGUUCGCGAGUAUGGAAGCGUCAUAAAAUUCCAAGUUAGCCAUUAAAAAUAAAAGUUGCCUCGUAAAAUGUGGAUUAAUCAGUGGUUAUGCCAAAUUAACGGCAGAAGUCCACCUCGAAAGAAAAACGAAAAGGAAACAAUUUUGCUCAUUAAGGGCGUGUAUAACAUACAUCGAUACAGUCAUUGUUUGAGCGUGGCGAAUUUCUCUCGUGCAAUUAACUGCAGGAGAGAGAGAAAACGCUGUAACCCAGUUUCUUGGCUGAACGUAAUCGAGCGAUGUAUGUAUUUGCGCUGGUUAUUGGUCGGAUAACCAUCAGCGAGGAGAUUGAUGAAUGCGCGUUUGAUCUGUGUAGGCAUGGUUAACCAGAUAUUUGAUGCGAUGAUUUUUUUCUUUUUGGUUGUACUUGGAAUGUUUAUUUUGUACGUUUUAUUUAUGUAAAUUUCAAUUUAUUCCGAUACUUAUGUAAUGUGAGACAUUUUUUCUGUAAUUGUCAAUACGUACUGAAAUUUGCCUGAGUCGUUUGUUUGCACUACGAUUGCUCUUCGAGUAGUAUUUAAUAAUUCGAUGAAUAUGUGGAACAGUCGACAAUAUGUCAACGCGUUCGGACAAAUUCUCAAUUCAUUUAAUUAAAAUCAAUACGAAAAUUCAGUCUCUAAGAUGUAAUUUGUAACACUCUUUGACGACACUGUAUCUGUA